AUGGACCGCCAACUCACCAAGAGCGUCUCGACCCUGAAGAUCAAUCUCACCGCAGCUCAGCGUGUCCUGUCGUCUUCCGAGUUGCUUAGCCGCAUUCUAUUCUGGGAUGCUCCAAGCCACAAAGCUGAGCUGUGGGAGUACGAUUGGAUAUUCCCUCGAGACCGCUUCAUCAAGUACGCCUUGGUCAACUCGAUCUGGUUCCACGAAGCAAUGCGCUUCGUGUGGUGGAACGGCCUGUCUGUGGCAAAAUUGGGCGCGCUCGACAGCAUGGCUCCCCUGCGGCGGGCGUUGUACUUGAAGUACGUUGUGCAAGUCAACUUUCACAACGACUCGCGAGGCCAGUUCGCCAGUGUUCAGAACCGAAUAUGGAGAGGGCUGAGGUUCCCUGCGCUUCGCGUGGCAACCCUCCAUGUUCGUCCCGCGCAGCGAUUGCUUUCCCUGCCGGAGAUUCGCGCUCCGAAUCUAGAAAAGCUGACGCUUAAAGUUGUGGCGGCAUCAAACCUGCAAGAUCCCAUCGCUCUUUGCGAUGAGCGGACAAGACAGAGACUCACUGCGCGUAUCGCGAAAAUGUUCCCUCACCUGCGCAAGAUGACAAUCAUGCUGCCACGAGGCACCACAUUAAAGCCCAGCGAUGUCCAGCAUCUCCAGGAAUCGCUGCCAGGAGUCGAUAUCAGCAUUGGCUCUGCAGAAUUGGAGUAUGAACAUCGAGGAAACGAAUUGUCCCUGGCUUGUGCGAGCGGAGUGUCUCGAUAG